ACUUGAAAUAAAAAUGUCUAAACGUGCAAUUCAAAAUGGAGGAAAUAAAAAAAAGAAACAAAAAAUCUACCAUUGUUCUAAAGAAAAUCAAAACAAUGGAAGUAAUAAAAAUAAAUUAAACAUUACACCUGAAAUGAAAGGUGUUCUUGUCAUGUGUACUCGUAGUAAAGAAGCUCGUGCAGUUAAAGAGGCUUUAGAUAUUUUAUCAAGAUAUGCAGAUAAAUUGUAUCCAGCAGAUUCUGAGGAAGUCAUAAGUGAUGAUGAUUUAGAAGCGUCUAUUGCUAAAGAAGUAGCUUCCUUGAAGCAAUCAAGCGAGAAAAAAAAGUUAGCUAAUAUUACUACAGGCAUUGAUUGUGUUGCAUUUAUUAGAGUAAAUCCACCAAUAGAGCCAGUUAAAUUGGUCCAUACGAUGCUGUCAGAUUUAAAAGAAAAACAAGAAAAGACGACGAGAUUUAUUUCUAGAUAUUUACCUGUAGAAAAGGUUUGUCAUGCUAACCUGCCUGAUAUUGAAUUGGCUGCAAAAUCGAUUUUUAAACCUCAUUUUGAUCAAAGGGACGAUGAAGGCAAACUUAUUUCUAAAAAGUUUGCCGUUGUUUGCAGAGUGCGUAAUUGUUCAAAGUUAGAUCGUAUGAGCGUUAUUACUACAUUAGCUUCUGCUGUAGGUGCUGGUCAUAAGGUAGAUUUACAAGAACCAGAAUUGACGAUUAUUGCUGAAAUAUGUCAAACUAUUUGUAUGCUAUCUGUUGUAAAGGACUUUAAUGAAUUAAAGAAAUACAAUAUCGAAAGUAUCUUAGGGAUCAAUCAAAGUAAUAGUCAUGAACCAAAAAAAGAAAAUGACAAGGCUGAAGUUGAGGCUGAAGCUGACUAAAUAAAUAAAUAAAUAAUAAAUAGUACAUAAU